AUGUUACUCCAAAGUGCUUUCACUGAUUCGUCCGUUCGAAUACAAAUAGACGAAACUGAGGCUGCUAUCCGAAAACGCUACACUCCCGAAAUCGCUCUUAACGGUGAACCUGCUGAAGAACCUUUUUCCGACGUGGAAAUCAAGUCGGAUUCAGUACUUGCCACUACAAGCGAUAAGAGGUUAAAGGAACCUUUUUCCGACGUGGAAAUCAAGUCGGAUUCAGUACUUGCCACUACGAGCGAUAAGAGGUUAAAGGUAGUUGUAGUUUUCAAACCGUUUGUUAUACAUAUCUAUAAUGACUGCAACGAACUCGUUGGUCAAGUGAAUCGCGACGGAAAGUUGAAGUUUGAAGAGUAUCGCAAGAAGGAGGAAGGCAAAGAAUAUCCUGAAGGUUUUUGGGAAGAAACCUUCAAAAGUUUCACUGAUAGCAAACCUUUUGGAUCAAGUAGCGUUGGGGUAGACAUAUCUUUCAUUGGAUUCCGUACUGCCUAUGGUUUACCGGAACAUGCCGACUCUUUUGCCCUCAAGACUACCGUUGGAAAUACAGAUCCGUACAGAUUGUAUAAUCUCGAUGUUUUCGAAUAUGAAGUUGAUAAUCCUAUGUCACUUUACGUCGCUAUUCCGUACAUUAUCGCUCAUAAAGAUAAUGCUACUGUUGGAGCUUUGUGGUGAGU